UACUCUUUAAGCCCUGAUGAAGCCGAAAUAACAAUUCAAAUAAUAACAUUAUUCAAACGAAAGCGUUGCUGUCUCUGUCUGUCUUCAGGUCUUCAGACGCAAAUGCGUCCGUUGAACUACACCUCCCACAAUGCACCGCGGGGUUAGAGGGCGCGUCGCCAUGGCAGCGGCUGGUUGUGACAUCAGCGCCAUUUUGCUUGAGUGUUGUGAUGGAAGCAGCGAGAAAAUCAGAAUCCGACGGAAAAACACCGAAAAUCAGACAAGUUCAGACCAGAGGGAGUCGAUUCGGCGAAUCAGACCGAGUCGCGUCGAGAACCGCACAGGAUCUGGACGUUAGUCGCAGCGAUCUGCGAGGACAGCAGGUUAGCAGUGGAGAUCCGUCCUCAUCCAUUAAACUCCGUCAGGACACUGGUGCCAAACACAGUCCAUCAGAACCUCUGCAGUCUCCAGGCCGGACUCGCAGGUCACUGGGUCGACUGCGCCGCAGCGGGAGUUUGGACUCGGAUCCAGACAUUUUCAAAGCAACCAAUCCCUCCGAGUCUGAGAAAGGUUUGCCCAAGACGAGUCGUUUCCCGUCGGGCGGCGCUGAGCGAACGUUCUCCCUCCCGACUAACUCCACACCUCCGGGCUCGUUUCUGCUGCCCUCGUACCCGCUGACCGCGCUAACAGGGAGUCUGCUGACCCCGACCUUACCACGCAGAAACCAUGCUGACCCCUCGCUGUCCAUGUCCAACACGUGGCCCAACAAACGUGACUUCAGCCCUCACCGCAGGAGCGACAUCGCUGGUGAGGUGAGCUGCAGUCAACGCUCUCCGCUGCCUCCAGCCGUCCGUCAGAGCCCAAACACCAGCAGACAGACGGACAAACACCUGGACAGAGACCUGCACCUGGAUCUGUCGGUCAGCAGCGGCGCAGGAGAGCCGGAGGACGAGCCGCUGGACCGCGAGGAGAUGCUGAACUCCUUGCUCUCGUUGAGGAACAGCGCUGCUAAGAAGCGGGCCAAAGUCAGCGCGAGCAGCUCUGAGCCGGAUCCAGACAGUCCAGACUCGGCGGUGAAGCUGGAGCUGGUUCCUGAUUCUCCGGAGCAGACGUCUCCAUCCGUCACCAGCCCUCUGAGCGAGAGCGGCCUGAGCAGCCUGUACUCGCCCCCGUCGCCCAUCGGCACCAAGAGCAGCCCUGUGAACUCUGCUGCGAAACCACGAGUGCCAUCAGGAAGACACGUCACGAGGGACGUCAGCGCUCGAGGUGUGACGCAGCAGGAGAAGAGUCUGUCUGAUGGGAAUGUGAGUGUGAUCGGUCAGAGACUCGUUUACUCGAACAGAUCGUUAGAUCCAGACGAGGAGAAGCCCAGCGACAUGACAUCAUCAUCAUCAUCACCGCAGAUCAGAGCCGCCGGCCGCGAGCCGCUCCGCGCUCUCAGACCCGCUAAAGGAUCUCAGCAGCGCGUGUCGUGCAGUCGUGACAUGUCUGAGGGCGUGAUUGGACGAGGUCAGUUCACCGCUGUUUCACUGUCAGCUGAUCUAAAGCACAGCCGCUCUCAUCCUCGCUCGGCUUCUUCCCUCAUGUCUGCAGGAGUGUUCGGUUCGGCUGUUCUGCCCAAUCGUCUCAGUGUGGCGUCUUCUCCUGAGCAGGGCGACUCGGCCGGUAAAAUCACCCGUGAGCCUCCGUCAGGCGUGUACGGACACGCACUCCUCGAGUCUGACGCCAGUCCUGAACCAGAGGAGAGAGUCAGACUCUCUAGGUUUGCGAGCGACAAGAUGCGUCAGCGGCGUCUGGAGCAGCAGGACACGCCCCCUGCUCAGGACCCAAUGAGACGCCGCCUGCUCAUCGACGAUGUGAAAGACGGGAGUCUGAACGGUUGUGAGUGGCUCUCUGAUGAAUCUCCCUCCAGCCCGACUGGAUCGCAGAAUACAGUGAAAUGUCUAAGCCCCGCCCAUCAGCCCGCCCCCCCGACCGGCCCGCCCAAUAAGAACUCAGCACCCCGACUGAGACGAGCGUCUAGUUUGAACCGCACCAGACCGCCUGCGUCACACAGCUCCGAUGAGCUGAUUCCUGUGAGUCUGAAGAAAGAGGGUCAGGAUCAGGCAGACCUGCGGCCGUUCUCUAAACCGGAGCUGGCGCUGACGCAGAGCUUCAGACUGAUCGCCUCAGACGACUGGGAGAAGAAGAUCGAGGGGUUGAACUUCCUGCGUAGUUUGGCUCAGUAUCAUCCUGACGUGCUCAUGAGCAGGAUUCAUGACGUGUGUCUCGCUCUUAUUCAGGAGGUUCGUAACCUGCGCUCCGGUGUGUCUCGUGUGGCUGUGGUGACGCUGGGAGAGAUGUUCGCGGUGCUGCAGAAGGGAAUGGAUCAGGAGCUGGAUGGGACGGUCAGAGCUCUGCUGCAGAAAGCCGGAGAAUGCAACGCCUUCAUCAGACAAGACGUGGAGCGAGCGCUGGAGAGCAUGGUGCAGCACUGCACUCUCACACGCAGCAUGAGCGCGCUGCUCGCCGGAGGACUCGGUCAUCUGAACUCAGUAGUGCGCAAGUGUGCGGCUCUGCAUCUCAGCGGUCUGGUGGAGCGGGUCGGAGCCGCUCGUCUGCUGUCUGGAGCUAAAGAUCUGACCGACCGCAUCCUACCAGCCGUCUGUAAGCUGGUGCAGGACUCGUCUCAGGAGGCCAGGUACUUUGGUCGACGCAUGCUGCUGUUUUUGUCCUCUCACCGUGACUUUGAUAAAAUGAUGGAGAAGUGCAUCUCUGCUAAAGACCUGCCGACCAUCAGAGACGCCGUCUUCACGCUCAAAACCAAGGGCUUGGGGGAGAUGCCUCAGGACGCUCCGUCGGCGCGGGGCAGGCGCUCUCUCUCAGGCAGUGGGGUGAUGCGCACCUCGUCCCUCACGCGUGAUCCUCUGAGCGGCAGCAGGGACUGCGGUCAGGCGGGGAGUAAAGCGGCCGUCCACAGCCUCACAGACCGGAGCGAGUACGUCAAACAGAUGAAGACACUGCUCAACUCCAAGGACUUCAGGGAGAGAAUCAAGGCCAUCGAUCAGCUGGUGUGCGACUGCGAGGAGAACCCGGCUCUGGUCAUCGGCAGCCUGUUCCCGGUGUUUGAUGCUCUGAAGGCUCGUCUGCAGGAGUCCAACAGUAAGGUGAGCCUGCGGGCUCUGGAGGCUCUUCAGCCCAUCAUCGCUCUGCUCAGAGACAGUCUGGCUCCAGUGCUCAACAUCCUGAUCCCCGCCGUCGUGGACAAUCACCUCAACUCCAAGAACAGCAGCAUCUCCACGGCGGCGCUGGGAGCCGUUCAGGCUCUGAUGCACAACAUCGACAACAGCCUCCUGCUGCAGCCCUUCUGCUCCAAAGCCCAGUAUCUGAGCGGGAAAGCCAAGCUGGACCUCAUCGAGAGAGUCGCAGAGCUGGUGACGGAGCUGUACCCGCGCAGACCGCAGCUGGUGGAGCAGAAGGUUCUCCCGCUCUUCUGGACGCUCCUCGGCUCCUCUUCUAACAGCGGGAACGUCCGGAUGUCCACAGCGAAGCUUGCCGAGGCGCUGCACGCACACAUGGGCCAGACGCUGCUGGAGAGCGCCGCUUCACAGCCUGCAAGCGUGCAGAGCGAGCUGAACCAGCUCCUGAGAGCCCUGCCGUGCCCGACUGAUGAUCUCACUCACGGCUGAAGAAACACUCGCUUUCUGACGCUUUGCACUUUCAUGAGUCGCGUGCUGCAGCACUACACAAUGUGCUCUUCAAAUGCACAAUCACUCCGAUGUUGUUCUGUAACGUGUGCUCUGAACAGGAUUUACACCAGACUUUUCUACUGUAUAAUAGCGCAGUAUUAGCUGUACGGUGUACGUGUUUUGCGAAUAUUGACUUCAUUAUGGCCUGUUUUAAGUGCGACCCGUCCUGGUUUUUUUGCAUGACCAAAUUAAUUGGGUUUUUAAAAAACGAGGAAAUGAGCAUUUUGAGCGAGAAGGAUGCCUGUAUCCACUCUGGACGUGAAAGCGUUGUGUUUCGGUGAAUGUGACGCUUUGAGCGAGAGUAAAACAGGUGAACUCGUGUCCAGAUGCAGUUCUCAGUUUAGUGCCAGUCACUCCAGAACAGCCUUGAUGAGAUUUCACAUUAAAUUAUAUCCCAGAGACAGAGAUUUAUCUAU